AUGGCGCCCGCGUUACGGAAAACUGCGACUGGUCGACCACGCGAUGCUUCACGCCGAGUCGAAGCAGAUCGAAUGCCAGUUCUGCUCUCACUUUUCCAGGAACGGCCGCCAGGUCUCUAUUUUCAGUCGGGCAAACAUAUCUAGAACCUUUCAAAAGUAGAAAAAAAGAUCUUACGAUGUUGUAAAAUAAAUUCGGAUUUUAUAUGUUAAAAGAACAUAGUCAGAGUCUCAAAAGGGAUGAAUGAUUUUGACCAACUUCUCCUAAAAAUUUGGCAAUUUAGCACUCUUUUUUCUGUACCUUAUGGACCGUUUUAAAAUUUUCUUGCAGCAAUACAUUUCGAAAUCUCCUUUAGUCAGGAAAAAAAAAAUUUACAAGAGAGUCUUUAUGAAUUAAAAUGAAGAAAUGAUUAUAAAAACUUCAGAUGCGAUACCACUACAGAAAGAUGCACCCGACAGAGAAGAUCAAAGGAUAUACGACAAAAGAGUUUUUUGUCUUACAAGCUCCAAUCUUAUUUUCAUUUCCAGCCUUCCAAUGAAUCCCAGGGAUCUCAACGAUAUUUGGGUCAAGUGUUUUGGUGGUGAGUAUCUUUGGUGUGAAAGUGAGCCGCAUGUGAAGCCUGAAAGAUAUAAUAAAUUCGAUUUCACUUUUCGCCGGUGGCCACCCGAGAGUAAAAAAAAGCGCAACUUGCUAACUUUUUGUAAUUUUUGUGUUUUCAGUUUAUCAGUUUAUCAGUUUAUAUAUUUGGUCAAUGUAAAAGAGAAGUUUCAGAAGACGUCGGCGUGAUCGGUUUCGCGGGAUCACAUAAAAAUAUCAAAAGAAAUGAGUACAGCACGGAUAAAAAGCCUUGAAAACUUCAUUAAUAAAAUUUAGUUUUAGUUGCUUCCAGUUUUUUUCCCACGCGCGGUGAACUUUUUUGAUUUUUUUUAGUCGCUCAUUAGUGAUCAGUUGUCUUUUUUUCCAGAGAACAGUGUUGUUGGAAACGCCCAAAGCCUCAUAUGUGCUCGACAGUUGAAAGAAAGAAAAAACGCUGUAUAUUUUUGACUGUAAAUACUUUGUUCAAAUAUUAUUUAUAUUUUUGUGAAUCGUUGAUAAAGAUUAUCUUUGUGUUUCGAAGAGUGUUUUUUUCUCCCCCUGAAGUAAUAUAUCAUCGAUAUUUCCUGAGAAGUUGACUUGGAAUCUAUUCGCAAUUUUAUGUAAUUUGGUUUACCCAUAUAUAUAUAUAUAUAUAUGUACGUUAUUUGUUAAUAGCGGAGGAGUGAGUGGCCUUCCAGUCUCUAAUGUCGCAGCCGACUGUCAGCUGGGGGUAUAGCUCAGUGGUAGAGCGCUCCCUUAGCAUGGGAGAGGGCUGGGGUUCAAUUCCCCAUACCUCCAUAACGUUUUUGCCUAUAUAUUUACCGACCGAUUAAUCGUUCUGAACAGACCUUUUUAUAUUUUUAUUUAAAAGUUUAAAUAACUACCUUUCGCUGAGGCUUUGUAAAUUUUUUUGUUCAAUUCUCAGGUACCUUGAUAAUUUUCUCAAAUACAUAGUUUUUUCCAGAAAAUACACUCUGCGUAGGACUUCCGGAGUUUUCACAAUCAAAAAAAAAGUUAAGGAUGAUAAGCAGCUUAGAACACGUUUUUACUGAAGAAAGGUAAUGAAGAAAUCGUAAAACGCGUCCGGGAGAGGGGGUUCCUCAGCGAUAAGGUUCAACGGUUCCGCAUUCUGUCUGUUCAUUGGUUUUCUUGUUUUAAAAAGGGAAAUGCUGAAAUUAUGUGGUUUCCGAGCGCAGGUUGGUAUCUUAUGAUUAAAAUUCUAAUUUUUAUCUUUAAUUGAAAGAAAAUACCGUUUUUGUUGUACGAAGAAUCGAUAUCGAAGAGGUUGAGAAGUUUUUUUGGCUUCAUAGAAUGUUUUAAUAUCAAUUUUAAGAGUUGAAACUGGACCAAAAUUUCGUUUCUACAAGAAAGAUUGUAGAAUUGAACUUUUCACAAUUGGGAAAAUAUCAAAAACCUAAUCAAGCCUUAUGUUCAUCAUAUAAUCUCGUUCGUAUUUCUUAUAAUUUUCAGAUAAUUCUUCGAAUUUCGUCCAUUUUUUAUUUGGCAUUGAUUUUAUCCAACUUCAUCUUAGUGCAUUUUGAUGUCUACUGUGCUCCAAUUUACGUCGUUGGGGUAAUAAAUUGAAUUUUUUUAAAAAUUAUAUUUUUUUACAUUUUUUUACAGCUCUGUGACGCCGCUUGUUUGUUCAUUUAUUCCUUUUUGAGUUAUCGCCUCUGGUUCUUUGUCGUUACCGUAAUCUUUCAAGUAAGUCUUAGAUACAUUGGAACGGUGAAAGAAAAUUAACAAAAAGAAUAGUUUUUCUUCAAAAAAAGUUAUUAAUCAUUAAUUUGAACAAAAAUUUUUUUAUGAUUUUACUGAGAAGUCCGCUAGCUUGUCAUAACAAGUUCCUUCAAUUCCUGUGGUCCUUCACCUUUUGCUAAUAUUGUCGAAGCCAUUUUUCCGGAAGUUUCCUCUUUUUCUUUAAAUUUUGUGAAGGCUUAAAAAGGAAGGACAUUCAGAAUUGAUGCUUGGAAUGAUUUGGAAAAUUCUUAAUAUAUAUAGUUCUAUUUUUGGAUUCUCCAAUUAGACUUCAACACGAAAACUUUCAGGUGGCGUACAUUUUCGGGGCAGGCUACUUUGCCGCCUUCACCAUAAUGAUUUAUCUUUGUGGGUUUUCUUUUUAACUUUUUUCCCGAAAAAGACGAAAUUCCCUCCGUUUUUCUUUUCUACGUACUUCAUUGCUAAUGCCAACGGUGUUCAAAAUGACAAAGGUUUUUCCAGCGGCUUCGCUACAAAUUUUGUUCUUCGUUUCGGUCAUGAACGCGUUGUCUGUGCUUCUCAACGUUCUUUUGUUCGUCCUCAUCUUGAGAAUACGGGCAGAAGAUCUCAAAAGCCGACGGCUCACCAUUCAAACGGUUCUCCGAGCGGAAGACGGUCUCCAUAAAAGUUAUUAA